AUGGCGGUUGCUGAUGUGGCCUCGCACCCCGGCAUGGUGGUUGCAUCGUUGAGCAGCGAGGUACAGUACUGCUACCAGCUGCGAUCACGUGUUCUCCCUCCCCCAAACGCCUUGAUGCCGUUCGCGCAGGAAAAGAGGCUUUCGGUGGCCGCCGUGAACGCGAACGAAAACAACCGGCGCGAUAGGAGCCGCCUGGCGAAGCUGUGUCGUCCCCUCCGCGCCGCCGACAAGGAGCCCUUCCAGCGCAAGGUGGUCGAAGCUGCCGCUGUCCCCCGAAGGAAGUACCCAGACUACGCGCAUAACCCGCAUGAGGCCCGCCGGCGCAAGGAGCAGGAGCGCAGUGCCAAGCAGGUUACGAGCAAGCUGGUACAAGCUGGGACAAGCUGGGACAACGAUCAGCAGCUGAGAACUUCUACGGUCGCGGCCCAGGGUCGAGGCAGCCCGAAGUUACAGCAGCAGCUGCAUCCGACGUCAUUCGAGCGAGAGUUCUGGAUGGAAGGCGGCAGUAUUUUGCAUGGUGACGCUGCAUGGCGUGGUCGGCUCUGA